UGUAGAAUUAAGAAAAAAAACGCGUUGGUGUCGGCCAGCUGUUUUUAUUCUGAUUGUUUGAAAAUCAGUGUAAAUCAUUAUGGAUCAAAAUUGAACAGUGUCAUUCAUCUUAAAAGGUGUCAUUUUGUGAACUGAAUGUGUUUGGUUACUUAUUCUGAAAUUAACACAGUGUUGAGCAAAUAAUCGAUUAAAGGUUUUGUCAAACCAAACGACAAUACUACGUUUAUAGUAAUUUAUUACGUCGCAGUUUAGUUUGAAAGCGAUGUGUAUAAAUUAAACUAUUGAACUGUGCUUCAUUUUAUGUGUCGAAUCCUGUAUAAAAUUAACGGAUAAAGAACAAGUUAAGCCGAGAGUGAACAGCAGAAGUGUAAAGAUAGAGCAAGAUCCAGUGAGUGUGACUGUGUUCUCUAGUGCUUUGUGGUGAUGUGUUUGUGAUACGGCUGAAGGUGGUGAAUGCUGAGGCAGCGGUAUAGCGCUCGCCCGGGCAUGGUGCCGGAUAGGUAGCGGGCGCGGGCGGCCUCCGCAGGCCCCACACAAGCAGCCGCGUGUCUUCCAGCGUCGUCUAUGGCCGAGCAACAAAUUACACCGUCGUCGCACUCUGCACUCACGAGAGAGUCCAGCAGGUCUUCUCCUAGCAGGGUGGUGGGCGGUCGGUGGUUGCGUCAAGUGCGUAAAGCAAGCCGCAGUCGUCGGAGCAGACGUAACGUGACAUCGCCUUUACCACGCACCAGCCGACAUUCUUCUGGUCGUAACUUCGACGCCGAGCCGCGGACGCAAGUUGAACUUCGCAGAAGUUCACGCCUCGUUAAUACAUUACCGCGUUCAGACUAUUCUCUCUCUGAACGCUGGUCCUACGGAACAGACGUUUACGAAACUCGCUACGAUACCACAGAUUACAAGCACGGAGACACAUCUAAGCUUUCAAGCAGUCCACCCAAACGCGGACGGACGUCGUCGCAUGACAGGAAAAAACAGAAAAGUCAUAACACAUCAAAUAGCAAUACGAAAGACGAGUGUGUCGCGUAUUGCACACGUUCCCGUACUGCACUUAAAUCGAGUGAGAGUGUUGGUGAACUGGUCCCGAACAAUUUAAAAGCAAACUCGGUUACGCGCAACACAUCAAAUCAAAGCCCUGUAGAAGCUCCGACUCAGCAACCACUACUGAAUCAGACAGAGGGAGGUUUACUUCCUCUAGACGAAAGGGACUACGCGUAUUCGCCUUUCAGCUCCUCGACUAUCACAGAGCUACUCGAUUCUGACUACUCCGUUUACAGUCCUACAGCGAACCGUAGGAAGGGGAAAAAGAGGAAACGUUCGUCACAUCGUUCAUUGUCACACAGAAAAAGCAAUUGCUUUGUUGACUUAGAGGAGUGCAGAAAGAAAUUUAAAAUAGACUCGCACAAGGAGCUUGCGGAAACCAGUAAAAGCGACGCUACUGACAGUCGAACCCCAGACUACGAACUUGAAAAAGGAGAAGCAUUUUCUGCACACGCUUCCUGCACUUACCGGCUACGUAAUCGGCACAAUCGCGAUCUUGGACCACCAACCUCUACUGUUAUUAGUGAUAAUACAGCGAGUCCGUCAACGAGCGACGUGGUGCAUACGCAGACAGCAGCAGAACGUAAGAGCUUUGCAGAUUUCAGAGGAAGGACCACCACUCCACCACCAUUCAGGGAUUUACAAGAAGCUAGCUCGUCUAAAGACCACCAUUCUGACAGCAAACUAUUAAUAGUUCCCCGUGAUCUUCCAUAUUUACGUCAAACUAACGCAAGAAGGAGUAUCGCUGCUGCAACGGGUGCGACCCUGGGUGCUUGCUUGACGAGGGGGGCCAGUACUUCUCAGCGUCAGAGACAGGAUACUGCAUCUAAGAGACAGUCGGGCGCGGGCGCGGGCGCGGGCGAGGAGGCGGGCAGCAGCGCGGGCGGCGCGCGGCGGGCGCGGGCGCGCGACAUGCCGCAGCCGCACACGCCCUCCACGCGACGAGACAAGCGAGCAGGCAAAGGCAGCCUGGGUUCGUGUGCUAGUACCGGUGGCGCAUCCAGCCGCUCUCAUCCACAACCUUUAACCACGGGUGCCGUUGCAUCCACAUCGUCUACACCUCCGGUGCCAGCUUCCGCCGCUUCGAUGCCUGACAACGCGUCUAAUGAUGCCAAGCCUAAGGGCAAAGCUUCGUCAUCGGCGGAGGAGUGCGCGGCGGGAGGUGCGGGGAUCGCCGGCGCCGCGGCGGCUGCGGGCGGUAGCGCAGCGGCCGAGGAGUCCUCGUCCGAGGAGGGUGAGGUGGGCCGCCUGCAGGCGCUGCUGGAGGCGCGCGGCCUGCCGCCGCACCUGCUGGGCGCGCUCGGCCCGCGCAUGCAGCACCUACUCCACAGAACCGUCACUGCCAACUCAGCCGCUUCCAAAGCUGCACAGCUUCUAGCCGGCUUGCAGGCUACUGGGGACGAGGGCCAGCAGCUGCAGGCCGUAAUAGAAAUGUGCCAACUGUUGGUGAUGGGUAAUGAAGACACGUUGGCCGGUUUCCCGGUGCGGCAGGUGGUGCCCGCGCUCGUCAACUUGUUGGCCGCUGAACACAACUUCGAUAUGAUGAACCAUGCGUGUCGCGCGCUCACGUACAUGCUGGAGGCGUUGCCGCGCAGCAGCGGCGCCGUGGCGCUGGCCGUGCCCGCCUUCCUCGACAAGCUGCAGGCCAUCACCUGCAUGGACGUCGCCGAGCAGAGUCUCACGGCGCUCGAUAUGCUAUCUCGCAGGCACUCCAAGGCUAUACUGCAAGCGAGAGGUGUGUCCGCCUGCUUGACUUACCUAGACUUUUUCUCGAUAAAUGCUCAACGAGCAGCACUCUCGAUUACGGCCAACUGCUGUCAGAAUCUCACACCAGAUGAGUUCCAUCUCGUUAGGGACUCUCUGCAAUUACUUGCUAAUAGACUUACAAUUCAAGACAAAAAGUCAGUGGAAUGCGUGUGCCUCGCCUUCUCGCGUCUAGUAGACAGCUUUCAGCAUGACCCUGCUAGGCUGCAGGAGAUUGCCACACCGGAAUUACUUACGAAUUUACAACAACUCCUGGUAGUGCAGCCACCAUUGAUUUCGGGCGGCACGUUCAUCACCGUUCUGCGGCUGCUGUGGGUGAUGUGCGCGGCGUGCCCGCAGCUCGCGCUGGCGCUGCACCAGCGCUCGAUCGCCGACACGCUCCUGUGUCUGCUCACCGGCUCCACUCUGCACCAGGAGCAAGUGGAAUUGUUACCACGUCUUCCGCAAGAACUUUACGAGAUCACUUGUCUAAUCGGCGAACUAAUGCCUCGGCUUCCCACCGACGGCAUAUUCGCGGUGGAUGCGCACCUCGACCGACCCUGGUCCGCGCCCACCGACCGCUCAGCGCAGUGGCAGUGGAGAGACGACAGGGGCGUAUGGAGGUCGUACUCAUGGGCAGAAUGUCGUGCGCUAGAGGCGGGCGCGGCAGCGGGGGAGGAGGAGGUGUGCCUGAGCACGCUGGGCCGCUCGUACACCGUGGACCUGACGGCCAUGCAGCAGCUCAACGACCACACCGGCACCGCGCGCUCCGUGCAGCGCGUCGCGCCGGCGCCGCACCCCAGCGACCCCGCCGCGCCCGGCUGCGCUGCGCCCGACCCGCGCAUUGCGAUGGUUCGUUGCAACCCUUCCCUGGUGCGUGCUCUGCUGGGUGUGCUUCACGAGGUGUACUGGAGCUCAGCUGGGCCAGCGUUGCGUGCGCAGGCACUGAAGGCUAUUCUACGAGCCGUAUACUACGCUGACGCGCCUUUGCUUAGACAAGUACUCAAGACACAGGUGAUUUCGUCACACAUCGCAGGCAUGAUGGCUUCGAGUGACUUACGUAUUGUGGUCGGUUCUUUGCAACUCGCCGAAAUAUUGAUGCAGCGACUGCCUGAAGACAUGGGCGUGCAGUUCCGUCGAGAAGGCGUGCUUCACCAGGUGGCGCAGCUCUCCGAGCGUGCUCCCGGGGCGCCUGCAACACGACAGACCAAACUUAAAUGCCCAAGUGGAACAAGCAUGCGUUCAAGUGGAGGUUCUUCUCCGCCUGCAUCGACAUCUGCCUCUUCUUUGGACCACCACAACUUAUCAUUGGGAUUCUCAGCUUCUGGAUCAUUUAUUGCUAGUUCCUUAUUGGCGGGAAAUGACAGUGGCAACUCAGAAGCUGGACCGGCCACUUCGGCGUCGACUCAUCAACAGACAACUACAGUACACAGAUCGGGCAGUCCACUGCAGCUGGCAGAGAUGCUCAAGCGUAAACGCGCGGUGAAGCGCUCCGGCGGCGCGCGGCAGCAGCGCGGGCGCCGGGAGGACGCGCCGCCGCACGCGCACGCGCUGCCCGUCGCCGCUCCCGCCGCCACCGCCGCCACCACCGUUACUGCUCACUCAUCGACAGUGGUGUCAGCGCGGUCGGGCGCACGCGCAGGCGCGUCCAAGACGUCGUCGUUCCUGUCGUCGCUGAACCCGUCGCGCUGGGGCCGCGCUCCGCACGCGCACAAGGACGCCGCGCUGCUCGCCGCGCCCCACGCCGCCAAUCUCACCGUGCAGAACAAAGAGAAAGUUCGAGAGUGGGUCUCGUGGCGCGCAGCGCGUCUGCAACGCGACUGGGGAGCGCUCGGUGGCGGCGCCGGCGCGCUGGAACAGCUGGCGGCGCUGGCGGCUGCGCUGCCUACACGUGCGCCUUCGCACCAGCGCGCUGCACUGCAGCACUUGCGCGACACACUGCUCAAUCAUGACGUAUCACCGUUCGAAGUGAAUCAUUCUGGGGUGCUAGGUGCAUUACUACAAUUUUUGACUGGUACUGGUCCGGAGCCGGAAGCGACUAAUAGUGGAGCCGCCGGCACAGACGCCGAUCGUGAGGCAGAGAACGAUAGCCGCGACUCCUCGGAGCAGAUGGCCUCAUGCGAGGAGCGCCUUAGACUUUUCUUACACGUGUUCGCCGAUAUGCCACUUGCACCCGAUGACAAGGAAUGGAAUGAGAAGGCAAGUCUGCUGGGCGUACAGGCGAGCAGCGGAGCGGGCGCUCUGUCGGGACUAGUGAGCAAAGUGAAUGCGUGCGUGUCGCACCUGGAGCAAUUCCCGGUGCGCGUGCACGACCUGCCUGCGCGGCCGGCAACAUCCGCGCUCAAAUUCUUUAAUACGCAUCAGCUUAUGUGUGAUCUCAAACGUCAUCCAACUUGCACCAACUUAAAACAGUGGAAAGGAGGCGUAGUCCGGAUAGAUCCAUUGGCCUUAGUGCAAGCCAUAGAACGAUACCUAGCUCAGCGCGGCUACGCUAGACGAGCGGGUGCGCAGUCGGACGACGAGCCCGCCUCCGACGACGACGUGGACGACGCGCUCGCCACGCCGCCGCACCACCCCACCGAUACUGAUCACAAAUUAGAAUUCCUGAUUGGAGACACAGUUUUGCCAUACAAUAUGACCGUUUACCAAGCUGUGAGACAAUUUGGAGAACAAACUGAUGCUGACACUGACACUGAGACUCCGUUAGCGAACGCGGGAAUUUGGGUUUUGACACACACGAUUUACUAUCGCGCGGUAGAGGCGGGCGAGCCCCCGCGCACCGACGCCACCGCUUCGCGCAAGGGUAAGGGGCAGCCUACUAAACUGUCCUCCAGGCGGAAACCUGAUUUGCUUUGGAACGAGGGCGUAGUACCGGUGCGUGCGUCGCCGUUGGUGAUGACGCUGCGCACGCCGUUGUGGGGCGAGGGCGGAGCGGAGGUGCGCGAUGCAGCGCUGCCAGCGCUGAGCUUGCUGCGCGCUCUGCACGCGCUGUCGCGGCACUGGCACACGCUGUACCGCGCCGCCUGCCUGCCCGACCACCGUCCGCUCGUACCUAAUGUGGAAUUCAUCAAUACUAAGCUUGCUGCAAAAGCUAACCGACAACUUCAGGAUCCAUUGGUCAUCAUGACAGGAAAUCUGCCGCCUUGGUUGAAAAAGAUAGCAUAUGCUUGCCCAUUCGUGUUCCCGUUCGAGUGCCGGCACCUGCUGUUCUACGUGGUGUCGUUCGACCGCGACCGCGCGUUGCAGCGGCUGCUGGAGGCGGGCGGCGAGCGCGCGGCGGCGGGCGCGGACGCGGAGCGCGUGGCGCCGCGCCUCGACCGCCGCAAGCGCACCGUGCAGCGCCACAGCGUACUGCGCCAGGCCGAGCACGUCAUGCACGAGUUCGCGCACUCGAAGGCUUUACUAGAAAUUCAAUACGAAAACGAAGUCGGUACAGGCCUUGGGCCUACCCUCGAGUUUUACGCUCUAGUAUCACAAGAACUACAGCGUGCAGAUCUCGAUCUAUGGCACGGCAGCGAAAACUUUAAACAGAAACCUACCUCAUUUGGCGGGGAGAUUGUUAAAAGUCAGCCGCCAGUUGUGACGGAUCGAUCAUCAGAUGCCGCCACGAGGCUAGCGUCCUCGGUGCGGGAUGCAUUAAAUCUCGACGAAGAGCGAUCUCCAGAACCCUCGGAUCUAGAGAAGGAGACGUUGAUCCCGUCCCCUGCACCCGACGCUACCUACGUAAACUGGCCCUGCGGACUAUUCCCGCAGGCCAUCGGCCGUAAUGCUCGUCCAUCACAUCUAUCAAGAGUUAAAGCUAAAUUCCGAUUCCUCGGAAAAUUUAUGGCUAAAGCUGUUAUGGAUUCCAGAAUGGUCGACAUUCCAUUAUCGGUAAGCAUGUACCGAUGGGUUGUGAGCGAGCAGACGUGGCUCGGCCUAAGCGAUGUGCGGCAUGUAGCGCCGGAGUUGUGGCGCUCGCUGUGCCGACUGCGCCGCGUGGCCGACCGCGCGCAGACGCUCGCCGCCGACACAAGACACACCCCCGAACAGCGCAGUCAGAUGAUAAAUGCCUUAGAACUUGACGGAUGUCCUAUCGAAGAAUUAGGUCUCGAUUUUAUUCUACCCGGCGACGGCUGUACAGAACUUCGACGUGGCGGCAGUGACCUGCCAGUUACCGCUCACAACCUACACGAAUACAUAGCCCUGGUCACACACUGGUUGCUUUAUGAAGGAGUAACCAAGCAGAUGGAAGCAUUCAAGGAAGGUUUCGAAUCAGUAUUCCCAUUAAACAAUUUAAAAAUAUUUUAUCCUGAAGAGUUAGAACAAGUGUUCUGUGGAAGCCCAUCAGGUGGUCGUGAACAAAGAUGGGAUCCUCGUAUGCUCGCCGAGUGUAUUCGCCCGGAUCAUGGUUAUAACGCAGAAUCGCGUGCAAUCCGCAUGCUUAUAGAUAUUCUAGCCUCGUAUAAUCGCGAGGAACAACGACUUUUCUUGCAAUUUGUUACUGGAAGUCCACGUCUACCUACUGGAGGCUUUAAAGCUCUGAACCCACCACUGACAGUAGUGCGCAAAUCACUCGAGUCCUCUCUCGACCCUGACGAGUAUUUGCCGUCGGUGAUGACUUGUGUCAACUACCUUAAGUUGCCGGAUUACAGUAGCGCUGAGGUAAUGCGCGCCAAGUUACGUCUUGCUGCAUCAGAAGGGCAGCACUCCUUCCAUCUGUCGUGAAUCAUUCGUUCCUCACUUUUGCUGUGCGCUCGACCCUUAACUAAUCUUGUAUACAUGUGUGAAUGCGGUUAGUGAUAUAGUUAACAAUUUCGUUGUAAUAGCGGUGCGCAAGCUCCGGACGACUGUCGUUUAUGUGCAAUCAGAGUGUUUUAUUUUCCUACGUGACAGACACUAAAAGUGCUGUGUUCUAUAAAUUUGUUUUCUUUUUGAUUUUUUUAAGAUUACAGAGAUAUGUUAAUAAUUAUAUUUUGUGUUAAUUUAAUGUGAUAGCUUUGUAUAUUUCUUUAUUUAGAUAAAAACUCAAUAUGGUAGUUUAUGGUGUGUGAAUUGUACUGUCCUCGUAUACAGAUUUAUGACUUUUCCAUCCAGUCUCUUAUAAUAGAGGAUUGAAUUCUCCACCACUUAUAUUAUAUCAAUAUAUUUUACUACAUAAGUUACAUUAAGAAGGACCAUUAAGCCUCCUUCGAGAGCCCAUAUGCGUUAAUAUAGCAUUUAAUACCAAACCAUGUAUGUUUUGAUUAAAAUUAAGAUCAUAAAUGUGUAAAGAGAAAGUGCAAAAUUUAAUAUGUAACAAUUUCAAUAAAACCAUGUAAACAAUA